GUGCUCCUUGAAUUUCUUUACUGAUAAAUUUUGCGACUAAAAAGGGAGGUGCCCUAACUGAGAGGUACAAAUAUCUUUUAAAUCUGGAAAUAGGCGCAUUUCAUUUUAAAAGCAUCAAAAUGAAAAUCAAAUAUUUUUUAACUUUUUUUGCCUGUCUUUUUCUACAAGCAAGUUCAGUCUAUUGCCAUUGCUCAGAAAGGACAGGCUUAAUUGAUACGAUUUCAGAUAUCUAUAGUGUGUUUGGCCAUAUCCAGUACUACAAAUGUUGGAAAGUGUUAAAUCCUGCAAAGAAUAUCAUACACUUUCAUCUCAAAGAGCUACAUAUAAGGAAUGAGCCCCAAACAGUGGGAAAUUUAACAAUAAAUCUGAUGGAUGAAAAUAAAAAUAUUAUUUUUUGGUCUGGCUCUUCCUCUGGGAGAAUUACAACUUCGUCAACAUCAGUAGAAAUUCGCUUUAGAGUGAAUUCUAGUAAAAUAUCAAACCAUAUCCUAACCAAUUUCACUUUGUUUUAUACAAUGGGUGA